AUAGAGCACUUUUCGUGCUCCUUUGCUCCAAUCGCUGUUGAGCAUCCCAUAAACAUGGCUAUCUCUACUUGAUUCCUUGACAAUCUUAUCCUUAAGUAGGCAUCCUUCGUACGUAAAUCCGAGUCGAUCAGCCAGUUUAGAGCUUUGGCUAUCCUUGGAAUCGAUUGAAAGUUGGAUACGACGAUAACCGUUUGCAAAGAGUCGAUCAAGAAGUAAAAAACAUGCCUCCAUUUCUUCYUUGCUUCCACUACUAGACGGUCCUGUAAUAGGAGAGUCCAAUUGAAUCGCCAAAUUCUGUGGAUUAUCAUUGGUCAGCAUGAUUACUCCCACCAAACGAUCGUUCAAGUUUUGUAAAAUAGCAAAUGCUGCUUCGUUCUCAUGAUGCUGGAAUAUAAAUGAUUUUUGUAGAGCUUCAUCACUACUGAACGGACCUUCAGCCUGGAACCCCCAAACUUCUUCGGGAUCAUAGGCUUUUUUCAAAAAUAYUGGAUCUCCAUUCGUCACUGCAUGCACAGCCUUCAAGUGGCGUUUUGUUUCAAGUGGUUCCAGCCGAAUCCACUUGCCCACAAUAUCCUGCGGUCGUUCGCUGUAUAGAGCCGAAAAUUUAUCGUCUGAUUUGAGAGUCUCACAAGAAACCAUCUCAUAUAGCCGAGCGUAGGAUCUCCGAUAAGAUAGAGUUGUCGUGUCCCCGCAACCAGCAUAGGCCCGAGCAAAAGCUUCGUAACGAGCUUCUGGACGUCCAACAAGUAUUUUACCUAUACUURUUUCAAAAAUGGUUAGUUUAUYGAACAUUUUGGUAGCAUCGUGCAAGUAGGCAGUUGAAUAGACCAAAUCCUGUGAGCAAUUUCGAUGACGUARAAUCAGUCGCUCAUUGUAUUGAAGAAUCACAAGGUUUUACUUCACGUACCUCCUGGCUUGUCCUGGCAUUUUCGAUAACCCAUGAAGUAGUUCUGCUUGUAUCCUACCAUGCUUUCGGCAUUUUGCUGGCUAAAAUCAAAAUUUUCGACCUUUUCGCCUGCUUUGCUCUUGGGUGGAGCUUCACUUGAGAGCAUUUUCGUAAGAUUGGUAGUUCCUUCCUUGCGCUCGGGUCUGUUGGAGUAGUUCAACUUCAUCAUUCGUACUUGGGCUGAGAGUAGACGCUCCAAUAGGAGAGGGCGAGAUAGUCGGACUCGGUAAUCACUUUCAACAGAAGGCUUGCCGGUCUGAGAUUGUUCUACAAUACGCUUGAACGUCCCCCCAAAUAUCAACAAUGCUACAACUGCAGAUAYAGUACAUACGAAGGUGAYGAAACCGCAYAAAAUCCCAUAUCGCUGUGCUAUCGGUAGGUCUGAAAGACCAAAUGACUCCAUKAUGCUUUCGAUCGAUCCAAACGAGCUCGURAUCUCUCGAAAUGCAAGCUGCAAUUUCUCGAUAUCACUCGCAUCGGGAUUCACUUGAGGCAUGGUAGGUACUAGCGAUGAAAUAUAUUAAUGAACUUGUAAAAUAUUGUUGAUGCAUUCAAUGCUCGUGUCUGCUGUUGUUGAUKAGGUGAUCGAGUAACCUUCAAAACUUUAGAAGUUCCCAGUAGCUGAUUCAGGACAAGAAAAGAGGAGAYGAGRUAAUUUUUUGAAUUUUGAAGCUUUUUGCUACCGGACAGACACAUCGAACUGUUACGAUGGUAGACGUCCACCUUGAAAGUCUCGAGAGUAUGACCCCUGUUAUGUACGAGCAAGCCGAUCGAUAAAAAAGUGUGCCGAGUGCCGAUAGUUUGUACGUACAUUCCGUCUGGAAUUACAAUACGACCACCCCCUGCAUUCUGGACGGUACUCGUAUGAGUACGAACUUUCAGAUAGAAUUCACUGCCUUUGACAAGUACGGUAGUACCUUGAAUGUCAGUCAGUCGUUGGGUAACAUGUACUAUGUACUCACAGUUGUACAGAACGUACGUACGUACUUGUAAUAGCUAAUGUUCAGUAUCGUACUUAUCAUGCCGCAUGUGCAUACGAGUACGUACGUAUUGUACCGUUUUCUGUUUUCGCAUGUCAAAACCGGGCGUAAAGCGUCAAAGCACUUCCUAAGAGUGGUUUGGCGGAAAGACUUCAUCUUGCUGACCAAAGGAAGAAGACAUUGAAAUUCCAUCAUUGACGCAUGAUGAAAUUUGUGUGAGUGUCUCGAUAGYAACUUGUUAGCUUAACCAUUGUUAAGAGUCCAAAGAAGCUAAUAGRACAGAAGAACAAAACAAAUAAUUUGAUACAAUGAUCAUAACCAUGAGAAUUUACUUAGUUUGAUUAUUCAGAAUUCUUGUCUUUGGAAUUCAUCCUGGGUGCUUUUCCYUUCCUCAAAUAACUAUCACCAAGCUAUAGCGUAAAUCAUUUUCCCGAUAGAAAUGCAUACAGAAAUUAUUGCGAUGAAUUAUACUUUUCAGUAUGUCACGACAAACAUCUUAAUCAGAACUCMUCACAUGAAGUGCAAAGGUACAUUGAUGAUGUAUCCAUACGUCCAAUAAUCGACUCCAUGCAUCAUCACUCAUUGCAUUACAAUACGUCCGAUCAAUCGGGCAUACUCGAAGCUGCGGAGWUUUUGUUCAUCGCCCCUUGGACAUGCCUCCUCCAAACAUGUUAUUUUCUACUCCGGCAUCCUUGUACUUCGAUUUUCCCCAACUAAUUGGUACAUAUUUGUGCUUGUACAUGUGCAUAAUUUGUCGUUUCAUUGUCAUAAAGAACAAGACAAAGAAGUACAUCAACAGGAUCGGCCAAAACACGGGAACAUCAAAGACCGAAAAGAACGUCAUAACGAUUGAAGUAAACGUCCCCCUCGUACACGCAAGCCAAAAUUUGAAUUCCGGGAGACGUCGGGCAAACGGCCGGUAUUCUUUGCCCUCCUUUUCCGUCGUCGGAAGCCCAGGACCGUCGGAGGGAUCCUCCAAGGGUGACAAGAAGGCAAUAAAAUUGUUCAAGAGRAAAAUUCCUAGACCGUAGGCGACGAUAAAGUAUCCCUGAAUCAAGUAGAUUCGAAGAAAGAAAAUCACCAACAAAAACGUAAACAAACA